ACACCUAUUGGUUAGGAGAGAGAGACAACACCGCUAUUGUCUUUAGCACCGGAUCCGUUGGCCAUCACCACCACGUGAUAGCGUGUGACCAUCACUACCAGUCAUCCACAGUCUACUGUCGAUGAAGACAACGCCCGCUGGUAUGGCGGCCAAGAAGAGAGGGGCGGAGAGACAGCUAACGAUGGAUAACUACGACGACGACGAAGAGGUAGAUGACGGCCACGACUCGGAUGUCGGCCCACAAGUGGCCGCUCAAGAGGUGCUGAAACAGCGGCCGAUGGCAAAGGCCAGAAGGAGGUCCGAUUUGAACGCUUCCGGUGGCGGCACAGCCGCUGAUGACGAUAACGAUGGCGAAACUGAGCCCAAGAAGUUGUCGGCGUUUAAGGGCUUUACCGGCUUUAAAGGCUUCAGCGCAAACCCAUUGCAGAGCUCGGCGUUUAAGACACUGUCGUCGACACCGAUUGGCGCCGGCGUUGGCUCGACCUCUACCGUCACCUCAACACCUGUAGCAACGGUUCCGCCGCCGGCGACGGCCACUAGUGGUCAGACAAACGGCGCGGACAACAGCAACACCGCCGCAGCCGCUAAGAAGCCAUCGCUGAUCACCGGUGAUGAGGACACCGCCGAAGACGUGUACGACCGACAGCUGUCGAAACUGAACAAAUGCUUCGCCGAUCACAUCCAACGAUACCUCCAGAAGUCGUACGCCUAUGACUUCACGCCCGUCUGUCAGGAGUACAUCCAAUACCACAAGAAGAUCGAGUCGGCGGUCACCGGCGCCGCCGCGACGACGACAGCGGCGGCCGCCACGAAGAAGUUUGUGGCCGACAUUAAACCCAUGACCAAAGCCAGCGUUGGUCUGUUUGGUAGCGCCGGUAAAGACUUGUCCGCAUCUGGCAGUGGAAGUGACUCGAAGAUGACCACCGGUUUUGGUUCGCAAACACCCCUAACCUUUGGCCUCUCGAAUACACAGCAGUCAUCCCAGUCGAGCACCUGUAGCUCUAUCGGCGCCGGCGGAUCGCUAUCGCAGGCCUCGGCCACCGAUAACACCGUCGGGUUCUCGCUAUUCAAGAAUCCGGGCGCU